UUUUUAGGUUCCAUUUUUCUUUGCCAAAACCCAAAAAUUCAGUCCUCUCCAGGAGGAAGUUAUCUUCUUUCUCUAAUUAAGAAAAUUGGGGGAUAUUCAUUUGAAAUUUUUGGGGAAAAUUUACAAUUUCGGGUGAGAUUGAGAGAAUCUAUCGUUUGAUUUUUGGGGAUUGUGGCUGUAAAAAAUGGAGGAGAAAGGUGGUAUCAGUCCAAGUGGGGUCAUCACAGUCAAGGGAGAUGAAGAAGCUUUGGCAUCAAGAACAGAGUUUCAACAAAACCCUAGCUUUCUUCAGUCCGUGGGACCUACGACUGUCGUGUCUCCUUCCCCUCCUCCGCCUCCACCUCCAACCACCGUGAUUCCUUGCUCAGCUGCCGCAGCUCCACCGCCGUUGAUCUCCAGCGCAGGGUCAGAUCUGACGAAGAGGAAGAGAGGAAGGCCGAGGAAAUACGCUCCAGAUGGAACUCUGAACCCUAGUUAUUUGAGACCAACAACACUCUCUCCAACUCCAAUCUCAUCUUCCAUUCAAUUCUCUGGAGAUUACAAUUAUCAUUCUAACUGGAAACGAGGAAAAGCUCAGCAGAAGCAGCAGCAACAUGUUAAUUUCAUCAAUAAAUCUCACAAGUUUGAGUAUGAGAACAGCCCAGCUCCUCCUCCUCCUCCUGGACUCUCAUGCUAUGUGGGUGCAAAUUUUACAACACAUCAGUUUACUGUCAAUGCUGGUGAGGAUGUAACGAUGAAAGUUAUGCCGUAUUCGCAAGGAUCUCGAGCUAUCUGCAUUCUUUCUGCAACUGGUUCCAUCUCCAAUGUCACACUUCGUCAAUCUACCACUUCAGGUGGCACUCUUACAUACGAGGGUCUAUUUGAGAUACUUUCGCUAUCUGGUUCUUUUAUCCCUACUGAAAACAGAGGAACUAAAGGUCGGUCUGGCGGUAUGAGCAUUUCUUUAGCCGGACCAAAUGGCAAAAUCAUCGGCGGUGGCCUUGCCGGUAUGCUCAUUGCAGCCAGUCCUGUCCAGGUGAUAAUGGGAAGUUUCACUGUGAUGCCUCAAGCAGAACAUACGCAGAAGAAGAAACCUCAAAUCAUUGAGGCUUCUCCUCUUCCACAACGCCCACAACAACCUCCUACUUUCACCAUGACCACCGUGAAUUCCACUUCUACGGUGGUGGCCUCCGUAGAGGAGCCAAAACAACAAACCUACGGUGGUGGUAUAAUGAGACCAAUGGCUCAAAUGCCUUCUUCUUUCCACAAAGAUAACUCAUCUAUGAACAAUUUCACAACGGCUUAUCAUGGAUACGGGAAUAUGAACACUAGUACUAACAAAGAAGAAGCUGACUUCGAUAAUGGUGGUGAUGAUGAUUCCUGCGAUACUAGGAGCCUAUCUAAUAAUGGUCGAGCCAUUCUCGGAUUUUCUUGUGCAAAAAGUAAGGAACCUUAAUGGGCAAAAAUGAUUUAGCUAUUCUUUGCUUUGCUUUUUUUAGAGUGUUGUUUUAGAUGUGGGCUUCUUUUUUCAUGUGUGUUUUCUAGGGUAUUUUUUUGUGAUCGGUUUAGCUUCAUUAUGCUGAAAUCAUCGAUUAAACUAUGUUUUAUGAUCGAGGUUAAGAUUUACUUUUUUGAGAAUUUAAG